AAAGAUGUGGCAAAGGAAGGAGACGGGGAGGGAGCUCAUCGGGCUAUGACUAACCCCAGGUCCUGUGGAACGGAGCCAGGGAAAGGAUGACAGGCUGCUGAGUCCUCCCGAGAGCCAUUCCCACCACACUGAGGGCAGCUUUGGGGAAGGGCGGUACAAUGAGAAUAUAUUGUUUCAUUGGAGAAGUCCUUGUCUACAGUCCUGCAUGGCACUAGUUUUUAUUUCAAUCUUGCUGGUCAAGGUAAACACUUAAGGGGAGGAGCACUGGGAAAGGAAAGAGGGAAAAUAGUGUCUAGUUACACUGAGAAAUUAUCUGCAUUUUUGCCUUGUCUAUGCUAGGCAACAGGGAGAUAUGUAUGGAAAUGGCUCCUCUUGUGAAGCAUAGCACCUUCAAUUUGCAGGAACUAGAAUAAACUUAACAUUUCCUAUUGAUGUCCCCAUAGGCAACUGGAGCUGUUCUUUACAGUGCCUGUGAGUGGAACAUGAUCAGCUGUGGGGUUCCCCACAGCCCCUUCUCUGUCUUUUCCUACAGUGACUGCAUCCCUGGAAACCUUCUGACUUUCAGCACCUCCAGGCCAGCUGCCAGUGCCUCCUGUGAAAAGCUGCUCUCUCCUCUGUUUGUACAUGGUGAUUUCCGUGCAGGUGUGAGCUGUGUAGUCCCUGCAAGCAUAAUUGCAUCCUUUCAAGGGGAUUGGGUCACAGUAAACUUCUUGGUGCAAUACCUAUGCAGAUGGCCUCCGCAAGCCUGAACUGUUGAAAGCAGGUUGGAAAACAAGGAAAAUCUUCAUCCGUUCAGCCAGUGUCUCUCUGGUCUCCGACUCUACCACUGAAGGACUUGUUGAAACCUCUGUGCCACAUGAAAACACCAAUAAUGCUUUCAGUGCUGCACGCCUCUUUCUGUAGAGAAAUAGCAAAGCAACACAAGAGGGAGGUCAACAAAACAACAUGGAACUGUUUUCAAAGGCCAGCAAAUAAUCAAUUCGGCAUCUAAUUCAAGUUGUCAGCUUCACCUAAGUAUUCAGCUGUUGGGGAUGAGGCUUCCUCCUCAGUGGAGAUGCUUACUCAUCCCACUGCCUACAGGAUGUCUGAGGGUGGACACAGAUAAGCAGAACUGAUUGCCUAAAUAAGAAGGGAGUCCAGGGUCAACUACUCCUUUCAUGUGCCAAAGCAAGGGCUUCUGACGUCCCGUGGGCAUGUCUGACUUUGCUGUAGGGUGACACUGGCAGAGCAGCACAAGGGCACCAGGGACAGCUUAUUGCUUUGUCGAUGGAGUACAGACGGUGGGAUGUUAUUACAACAACUCCUCUCUCUGCCUCCCUGCUCCUGUCAGCAGGGCUGAUGGUGAAACCCAAGAAUCUGCCGCUGUAACUCUGCCUGCAGAGCCUGGCUGCUGCUCGGCCGUGUGGUCUCCCCACCUCUCUCCCUGGGACCUCCAAGGCUGCCCACCUUUGGCCUCUGACAGUAGCUUCUGCUGGGAGCCACAGGUUUUGGAGAGGCAUUGGUUGAAGAGGAGUGAGAGAGCCCACAGGAAGGCGAGUUCCUGCUGUCAGCGAGAGGAGGAGGAGGUGGAGGAGGAAGCAGUGAGCAUGGCCAGCGAUUCCAGCGCUCUGCCACGGGUGACUUUCCAGACACCAGAGAAACCUGGGGAGGAAUCAUCACACAGGAAACUGGGCAAGUUAACCAUCAAGUACAACCGCAAAGACCUCCAGCGCUGGCUGGACCUGGAGGAAUGGAUCAAUGCCCAACUGCAGGAGCUCUACCAGUGCCGGCUAAGAGAGGAAACAGAGGCAGCAGCUCCUGAACCACAAAUUGAUCUUGAAGAUCUCCUGGAGGUCCCUAACGAAGAACAGAAAUUAAAACUACAGGAAAUCCUCCAUGAGUGCUCCAGCCCGACAGAGGACUUCAUUACGGAAUUGCUUAGUCGAUUGAAAGGUCUCCGAAGAGUCAUCAAUCCUCAGAAGAAAUGACCUUGCCCACAUGGAAUACCCAGCUUUGGUCAGAAGGAAAUUUAUAUUUUCCCCACAAAAACCAUGAUCAGCAACAUCACUACAGAGUAUGUUUAGAACUUACGGUCACUGAGAAACACCACCAGGUUUGUGAACUUUGUACCAGUGGUUUGAAGUCUCCACUCCUUCCAGAGCUACACACACAGCAGAGAGCUAAACUGCACGUUUUCCUGAUUGUCAAAGGGCAUAUUAACCUGGGGAACAGGACAAAAUGUCGUUCCUUUAGUUUCUUCUAGGAAUUUCCAUGCUGGCUGAGGAGCACUGAAUACAGUUCUCAGGACCUCAUCAAGACUUCUUUCUUUCCAUUCACUGCAAGGAAAACAAGGCAUUCGUUAUCACUCAUUCAACAACAUGGAAAAUCAGUUACUGUUAAGCUGCACCCUGUUUCGGUGUGGCUGGGACCCCGCUGUGAUCUCUUGCCUGUUACUGCUGUACGUGAGUCCACAGCAUUGCACGUACUUUGCACGCCUUAUUAAGUCUGUUUUUCGUGAAGGUUGGAGAGAAAAUACGCAGUAGGAUGGAAGAAAAAUGUUUGAGUGCAUCUGGUCUACACAAGGUGAAGUUAGUGAAAUAGCUGCUAAGGCUAAUGAAAAAAAAUUAUUUUCCUUUUUCUGGAAUUUAGGACUUAAUUAUUUAGAAGUGUCUUCUAAAGGAGUAAGGUCUGGGAAUGAUUUUUCCUCAUAAUUCAAAAAGAUGUUGGAAAAAUUCAUAUUUUGUAUAUUAAAACAGAGAAAAACAGCUGUGCACAGCUUACUUUGCUCUCUUUUUAGACAGUAAAGAAAAAUUGAAGUGAAAAAAUACCUGCUCCCCAUAUCCCUGCAGGGAACAUCUCACAGUGAGUCUUUUGCAGGCAGGUAGGUCUCACAAAUGAGAAGUGAAGUAGGACACAUUGUCUUGCUACACAAACUCUUCUGGCUAUGACUAGCUUGUGGCUGGAAAAAUACAGAGGAAACUACAUCCAGCCUCUCACCAAGUCAGUAACUUGACACAUGUGCCUGGGAAAUAAGAAAGGAAAUGGAAGGUGAUUGCUUAGGCAGAGCGGGCUCUCACAUUAUGUCCUGCCCCUACCCUCUCAUGCCUGCCACUCAAACACAAGAAAUGAGUUGCGGAGUCACAUCCAGAGAGGCUCCUAUGUACCAGUAUGUUCAAGGUUAGCUUUUGAAUAUGUGUUUUGUCAGACAGGGACAAGAGAGGCCAACUCUGGAACAAAAGGGACAUGCAGGUUACAAACAAAGACAAACAAGGACUCUCAGGCUGGACUAGUAAUAUCUUAAAUACAUUAGUCUGGGUGGACAGGCCACGAGCUGAGUGUCCUAGAAUAGAGCUGUAAUUAGCUGCAGCACAGUAGUGCACAGGAGUCCAGAUUAAUUACAUACCCCACCAAGAGGCUUUGUUUUAUUCUGCUGAGCUGUGACAGCACAGAGACCCAAGAUGUCACUCCUCUGACCCAAGAGAGAGAUUUUCUCCACACUGGCACUGUUCUGUAUUCCAUCAAUAUGAA